AAAACAACUGCACGAGCUGACCGGGCACCAUUACUUUCAAGUGCAUCUUGGACGAAGAGGUAGAGCUAUUUCUAAUCAAGUUUAUUUAUUUCCCGGCAAACCGGUUUCUGAAUUCCAUGGAUAACAUUCGGAAAGUGCAGUUCCGGAACGUGGGAAGGAGCUACUUCCCCCAAACCAGAGUAGAGUGCCACUACAAGCUGACCAGCGGUCACACGUGGGUGAACAGUGACUGGGUUGGCCUUUUCAAGGUGGGCUGGUCGACAGUGAAGGAGUACUACACUUACAUGUGGGCACUGGUGCCAGAAGGCUACACUGAGGGACGUGAUGCCGACUGCUGCGUCCAAUUCCAGACGUCCUACAUGCCCAGGCCUGGCGCUGACUUGUACCAGUUUGUGUAUGUGGACGCCGGAGGAGAAGUGUGCGGCAUCAGCGGCCACUUCCUGUUCUCCACCCCGGGAGCCCUGGACGAGCUGGUGACCCUGGAGAACGACAAGCCUGAGGAGGAGGGCGCAGGGGAGGGCCUGAUGAUGGUAGUACCCAAAGCUCAGAUCCUGCAGGGUCACCUGGAGGAAUGCCAGAAGGAGCUGAAGGAUCUGAAGCUCACCGUGGAAGAGAGCGACAAGGAGAAGGAGAGAGAGAGGGAGAGGCAUGAGCAAGACAGGGAGGCGUUGAUGAGAGAGAGGGAUGACAUGAAAGAGGAGAUCAGCGAACUCAUGACGGGCCUGAGACACCAGCGAGAAGAGCUGGAGAAGAUUGAGCUGAAACACAAGGACUCGCAGAGCUCACAGCAGAGCGUGUCAGCUGAGCUGCUGGACCUGCUGAAGGGGCGCGCCGAGCAGCAGCAGCAAAUCAGGGAGCUGGCAGACGACAACAGCGUCCUGACACAGCAGAAGAAGCAGGCCGAGGCCGAACUGGAGAGGACCAAGGAAAGAGUGAAAAAGAUGACCAUGCAAAGGAGUGACGAGGAGGAAGAGAAGAAGACACUGAAGGCCGAUAACGAGGCGGGUCAGAAAGAGAUCCGGCAGCUGCGUGACCGCGUGGAGGCCAGCGAGCGCUCGGCCGACGCGCUGCGCCGCGAGCUGGGCGAGCUGAGCGGCCUGCAGGGCCACAGCCACGCCGAGCUGCACCAGACCCGGCUGCAGAUGGCGCAGGCCAACAUGCAGCUCUCCCAGGCCACCCUGGCAGUGCGCGAGGGCGAGGCCACCUGGGCGCAGGAGAAGGAGCAGCUCAGGCACAGUGCAGAGCUGGAUCAAGAGCGAAUUCAGAAGCUGUGUCGCGAGCUGCAACGCAAAGAGGAGUGGCUUCAGGAGGAGAGAGCCGAGCGCGAGAAGCUGGAGGCAGAGCUCGGAGGCGAAAACAAUUCCAACCGGGCUCAGAUGAGCGACGCACGUAAGGAGAUGCAGGAGCUCAAGGCCAGUCUGAGAGUGGCCCAGAAGGAGGUGGAACAGCUGCAGCUGGAGAAACAGGCCCUGCUGGAGCAGGUCAGGGAGCACGAGAGGAGGCUGGACCUUGAGGCUGAGACCAAGUGGUAUGAGGCUGCCUCGGUCGUUACAGCCGAACCAGACACCACCCUCUGUGAGGAGGAGGAGGAAGAGGAGGAGGAAGAGGAGGAGGAGAAGGAGGAGGAGGAGGAAGUAUCUGAGGCCCCUGCGAUGACACCCAUGACAGACACCUGUGAGGACGUGGCCCAGACAGAGCCUGCAGCCCUGGUGGAGCCCGUGGACACACCCUGCAGGGUGGUAGAGAUCACUCAGCUGAUCCCCGCCCAGGAGGCCGAGGAGGACAGAGAGAGCUGGGAGGACGAGACGCCACAAUUCCAGUGGAAUGAUGAGGACAAAUAUGAUGAGGACAAAUAUGCUGUGGACAAACCCCCUAGAGACCCGAUGUUGAGUAGGCCAUGUGAACUCACCCUGAGCCCACCCUGCCUUAUAGUCCAGCGCUGUGAUGAUAAACCCACUAAACUGCCCUUACGGCUGGCCCGGCCAAUCAGAUGGGGCGGGAGACGCUUGGAUAGGGCUGAGAGAGGAUCAGACUCCUCCGUCUUAACAGAGUGAUAAUGAAGAGGAGGAGGAGGAGGAGGAGGAGGAGGACGACGAGCGAAUUCUCUGAAUACCCCGUGUGGUAGGGAGCCUGGUUACAGCCUCUUCUCAGCAGGCAUACAGGGUGAAACAUAAGUGCAAUAAUG